AUUGGCUGCCGUCCUGCGACCGGGGCCUGGAGCCGGGUGUGGUAUCCUAGGAGCUGCGGGCUACCGGGCCUGCACUGCCGGGCUUUGGGCUCUGGGCCUCCGGCGCUCUCUGGCCCUAAGUGCUGAGCUGCUGGGAGCGGCCGCUUCUGACGCUGGGCCACUGGACGCUGCGGAACCGGGCUUCUUCACUUUGAAUUUCCGCCGCGAAGCGCCAGUCCGGGCCCAGGAGGGAGCCUUUACCACUUCUCCCUGAUUUCAUUCAUGUUCUGAGGAGGGUGUGAGAAGGAACCAUGGAUCCCACAGCCUUGGUGGAAGCCAUCGUGGAAGAAGUGGCCUGUCCCAUCUGUAUGACCUUCCUGAGGGAGCCUGUGAGCAUUGACUGUGGCCAUAGCUUCUGCCACAGCUGCCUCUCCGGACUCUGGGAGAUCCCAGGAGAAUCCCAGAACUGGGGUUACACCUGUCCCCUCUGUCGAGCUCCUGUCCAGCCAAGGAACCUGCGGCCUAAUUGGCAGCUGGCCAAUGUUGUAGAAAAAGUCCGUCUGCUAAGGCUACAUCCAGGAAUGGGGCUGAAGGGUGAUCUGUGUGAGUGCCAUGGGGAAAAGCUGAAGAUGUUCUGCAAAGAGGAUGUCCUGAUAAUGUGUGAGGCCUGCAGCCAGUCCCCAGAGCAUGAGGCCCACAGUGUUGUGCCAAUGGAGGAUGUUGCCUGGGAGUACAAGAUACAGGUGGAAACCCGAAAACAGAGUAUUGUAUGGGAGUUUGAGAAAUACCAGCGAUUACUGGAGAAAAAGCAGCCACCACAUCGGCAGCUGGAGGCAGAGGUAACAGCAGCUCUGGCCAGCCUACAGCAGGAGGCGGCGGAGACCAUGCAGAAACUGGAGUUGAACCAUAGUGAGCUCAUCCAGCAGAGCCGCGUCCUGUGGAGGAUGAUUGCGGAGUUGAAAGAGAGAUCACAGAGGCCUGUCCGCUGGAUGCUGCAGGAUAUUCAGGAAGUGUUAAACAGGAGCAAAUCUUGGAGCUUGCAGCGGCCAGAACCAAUCUCCCUGGAGCUGAAGACAGAUUGCCGUGUGCUGGGGCUAAGAGAGAUCCUGAAGACCUAUGCAGCUGAUGUGCACCUGGAUCCAGAUACUGCUUACUCCCGUCUCAUCGUGUCUGAAGACAGAAAACGUGUACACUAUGGAGACACCAACCAGAAACUGCCAGACAAUCCUGAGAGAUUUUACCGCUAUAAUAUUGUCCUGGGAAGCCAGUGCAUCUCCUCAGGCCGGCACUACUGGGAGGUGGAGGUGGGAGACAGGUCUGAGUGGGGCCUGGGAGUAUGUAAGCAAAAUGUAGACCGGAAGGAGGUGGUCUACUUAUCCCCCCACUAUGGAUUUUGGGUGAUAAGGCUGAGGAAGGGAAAUGAGUACCGAGCAGGCACCGAUGAGUACCCCCUCCUGUCCUUGCCAGUCCCUCCUCGCCGGGUGGGAAUUUUCGUGGAUUAUGAGGCCCAUGACAUUUCCUUCUACAAUGUGACUGACUAUGGCUCCCACAUCUUCACUUUCCCCCGCUAUCCCUUCCCUGGGCGCCUCCUGCCCUAUUUUAGUCCUUGCUACAGCAUUGGAACCAACAAUACUGCUCCUCUGGCCAUCUGCUCCCUGGAUGGGGAGGACUAAGAGAGCUAUCAUCCUAACCAGAGAGUCCUUGGAAUUGGGCCUGGCCCCCAUGGGGCUUGGAGGACCCAGCCACUGACAGGUAUCCCCUGAAACUGACGUGAGCUCAGAAUCCAAGGAUUCCUCUGUCUGAUCCUUUGGUCAUUGCUACCAGGCUAAAGUCUGUCAUGAAACCACUUAUUUUAAAAAGCAGAGGCCCAGUCAAAUGAGCACUGCACCCCAUGAGGAAAGCGUGACAGGGCUGAUGGUGAGGAUCAGAGCAGUUCUAAGGUGACUUGUUGGGGUAAGGAUCAGGACUUUGUCCGUGGAGUAGCCAACGCCCCUCUUCCCUGAUUCCUGUCCGGUGUCACAGUUAAGUCAGUGAGGAUGAUGAAGUAGACACAAUCUUCAGGACACUAUUAGAUAGGCUUUCCCAAUAGGCCAAAAAAAUGCUGCCCAUACCCAGAGCUGGUUGUUGUGCUGAGGCCAGUCAGAGGAUGCUUCCCCUGAGGUUUGCUACAACUAAGCAAACUUUAUGUGACCCUCACCCUCUUACCACCUGGCAAGAGAAAUUCAGUGCAGCAGGGGGACACCGACCCACCCAAGCCACCCCACUGCCGUUCCCUCUCUGAGCACAACCUGGGCAAAUCACUGUCCCUUGGACUCCUGGGAGACCAGUGUCCUAGUCCUGCUUUUUUUCUCUAAGUGGCAGGAUCAGAAAACCUGUGAGCCUUAGUUUGUAUUUUCACUUUAUGAAUGAGGAAACUGAAAUGACCUUAAUGGAGCAAGUUAUUUCUUUUUUUUUUUUUUUUUUUUUUUUUUUUGAGAUGGAGUGUCACUCUGUCACCCAGGCUGGAGUGCAGUGGCACAAUCUCAGCUCACUGCCAGCUCCACCCCCUGGGUUCAUGCCAUUCUCCUGCCUCAGGCUCCCAAGUAGCUGGGACUACAGCAGGCACCCACCACCACACCUGGCUCAUUGUUUUGUAUUUUUAGUAGAGACGGGGUUUUACCAUGUUAGCCAGGAUAGUCUCGAUCUCCUGACCUCGUGAUCUGCCCACCUCGGCCUCCCAAAGUGCUGGGAUUACAGGCAUGAGCCACCAUGCCUGGCCGCUGGAGCAAGUUAUUUCUUACAAAGCUGCUGAAGAUAAGAUUAUAAAAAUUAUAAAGCAUUUUUCACACUCAUAUGAAACAAGGUUGACAAACUCACUUCACAGGUCACAUGCCUGUACAUCAUUUAUUAUAUUUGGGUCUGAAACUUCUCACAUGUUUGGAAGGUUUUAUAUGUCCUCACUGGGAAAAUGGGUGUAAUUCAGCAUAAAACCUCAUAUUAUUGUCCUGCCUCAUGGAACUGUUGUAUAGAUCCCAGAUCCAUCCCAUGCAUUUGUUCCGUCUGAGGCACAGAGGCAGGCAAGCCACAGAUUUUGCACGUGGUGACCUUGCCACUAUGCCACGAUACAGCCCACAUCUUAUAGCAAUGCCUUUGUCUCAGGGCCUCUCCUGACAGUCUAGAGCCUUUCAGGCAGAAAGGUGCUUCAAAUGGCUGUGAUAAGGAAUACUAAAAAUUGUGUUUCUACUUUAAUUGUAUUAUAUUGGCUGUUCACGUAUGUAGGAGUUAAUACAGGCCAAACCUGGAGAAAUAAACUCAUUCUGCCCACCAUGCUUCCAGGCUGCAUCUUGAGAAUUAGCAGUAGAAGGGGAGAAGUUUCCAUCAUCUGCUUGGAGGGGAAUGAGCUGGUGAGUCACAGACCCUGGUGCUGGCAAAGGGUUGAGCCUGCCGCCAUUAGAGAAGCAUCUUUGUCGGGGGAUUCCCUGGGGAUAAUUGAGAAGUAGGUCCCUAGGAAGGACUUCAGUUAAUGUCUGUGGACACUUGGCACAAAAGGGUUAAGGAAAAAUCAAUGUUGUUCUUUCGCUAUUAGGACAAAUCUUGGAAGUUUCCUAGAAACAGAGGAUUGUUAGGUGAUGAAUUCAUUCAAACUUAGAAUGAAGGAAGGAAUGAAAUGGCAUCAUUGGUAAUGUACUCUUUUAGGUUAGUUUGAUUGUUUUUUACAUUUAUAAGCCUGUUUGGGUACUCUGAUUACUUGUUAGAAGAGUUGUAAGGUUAAAUAAUCCACAUUAUUACAGAUUGUCUGACUUUUAAGACCAGACAAGAAGAUUGAAGCUCUAAGUGCCUGAAAACCGUUUUCUACAGAGUAGAAAAAAAAAAUGAGAAUGAAACAUAGACCUGGUAGGGCAAGCUUCCUGAUGGAAAUGCUGGGAAGAAAUUAGUGUCUGGGGUGCAGGCUGGACUGUACCUUUGUUGCUUUAUAUUAGAUUCUUUAAUGCAUCCAGUAUGCUUUCAUUUAAUGGACCUAGCCAAUUUUUCAGGUUACUUAUGGAGAAAGAAUAAUGUGACAUUUCAAAAUGAAAAUCUUACCAAAUGUGUUUAACAACCUUAUAAUCUUAUAAUCCUUUUUUUUUUUUUUAACGUUAUAACCUUAUAAUCUUGUUUUGUUUUUAUGGUAGGGGGUUGUGAGGGAAAAAAGUUUCACUUUACUACCCUUUGGGACCUCAGUGCAUCAUUAUCAGAUUUUUAAGAGGUUGAUUUCUACUCUGCUGGUAUUCAAAAAUUGAAUACAUUCUUGGCAGGUAAACAAGUCUAAUAUUAGCAAAAGGUAUGGAUGUUAAGUUACUAAGGAGCUUGUCUAUUUGAAAGAAUUGUCAUAUGAGUACUGGUCUGUAUAGGACUACUCCCUUGAAAUUAUGGAAUUAGAAAUGUAUUGGGCGUAUUUUUAAGUUCAUACAAUAUGUCAGAGAUUGUGUUAUCUGCUUUCCAUGUGUUAUUUAAUUUUUAAUACUCUGAAUUAAUGUUGUUUUCUCUAUCAAUAGACAGGAAGUGUUAAGACUCAGGUAUAGUAACUUGCCGUCAACAGAUUCUUCUCACACUGUGAAUUUUAACACUAGUAGGAAAUUAUCUUUUUAUUAAGAUUUUCAAAUGUACAUAUCUCUUAUAUAUGAGAUCUUUUUCUUUUAACAUAUACUGAUUACUCAGUUCAAGAUUUUCUGAAAGGGAAAAAAACCAAAAAUCAUGUAAGCAUCCAGUAACCUGAAGAAGAGUGCUUACAUUUCAACUUCUUUAUCUAUAUUGUUCUCUAUUAACCUCUUCAUCCCAGAGCACACCCCCUGAGAGGUGCCCACAAGAAGAAAGACCUGUGUAUAUUUAAUCCCUCUCUUCUAUGCCUUAAGGUUAAGUUAUACAAAUGGGGACUAGGAAGCAACAAGAAAGAUUUCCAAAACCAAACUUGUAUUAACUUGCCUUCUGUUGCUUAAAAACAAAAAGCUGGUAAUUGGUAUACUAACUCCAACUAGCUUAACAAUAGGAUAUACAUUUAAAAGUUAAGUGGUAUUUUAUAGAACAUAACAGUAUACCUGGGUGUCCAAAGUGAUUUGGAAUCAGAGAACCAAAGACUUAUUCUCUUCAUCCAUUCUUGGAGAUUGGCCUUUGAUGCAUGGGCCAAUCCCAAUUUUCUCCUUCCAGUUUAUGUGUUGUAGAAUUACCACCAUCUCUGAUCCCAAGUUUAUAUCUCCCUAGAUGAACAGUAAACCAUAUGGCUUGGGAAGGACCCUGGUCUAGGUGUGAACAUAGAACCCAAAUGGAGUGAGAUCAGUAUUGGGCCAGAGGGCAGGGUCAUAUAUUAAUAGCUUCUUCCAUGUAAUCACUUGGAGAAAAGAACAGUUCUGAGAAUAUCAGUCAGGUUUCGGGGGAGAUACCAAACACUUGGUUUCUUCAGCAGAGGGGAUGGUAGGAUAGUAGGCAGGAAAUAUGGGUCAGAAGCUGUAGAAGGAAAAAUUCCAGAGCUGUAUUCUAUACCAAACUUACUCUGAUUCAGACACUAUUGUAUUAACCCAUUAAAAAUGUCAGAAAAUUAGAAA